AUGACUCUUAUCAAAUCAAUUUCAUUAUUAGGCAACUCACUCUCUGGUUUGGAGAACAACUCUACCUAUGACAUUGGAGGAACCUAUGGAAAAUCAACUAUCAAUUCUGAGAAUCAAGUGCAAUGUUGGGGUAGAAGAAGAAGAACUACCAAUGUUAUCUUUGGUGAUGUCAAUGUCUUUGGCGGAGGUUGUGGAAGUUGUUGCGGAUUCGGAGGAGGUUGUGGUGGCUUUGGUUUUUAA